AUGGCGACGACGACGGCGGCGGACGAAUAUACCGACCAACUACAAGAACGACAGCAGCAACAUACGAAGCUCUCCUCCUCGACGCCAACGGAUCUUCCCCCGGACGGGAGCCCACCACCGUCUUUCGACACUCACGGUCCUUCAUCGUCAAGCUCUUCCUCAUCGGACUCUACCUCUACCUCCACCUCCACACGUACUCCUGCUUCUGCCCCUAACUCCGUAUGGGGGGCCGAGAGUCGACCACGACCCCGAUGGCCGAGCCUUAACACAGACGUGCAGAUUUGGGAUAUGCAAUGCCCCGCCGAAGUCAGCCCGAGACGACGAGCUGGCAAGCGUCUUCCCUCCUCGUGA